CAACUCCCGGUCGUGCGUCAUUUCCAGGCGACGACAGAAUCCUGCUUCGCGCCAAGCACUUGAAAGAUUUCGUUAACGUUACUUUUUUGACAACUAACUAAAACCUUAACUAGGAGGGAACCUGUACACGAUGGAUAUAAGGCGGUUCUUUGCACCGACUGCAGUCAAGCCUGCGGUGCAGAAACCAGCCCCGAAUGGAAACGUCAAAACAGAGGAGAAGAAGAAGAAGAAGAAAAAGAAGUCCCUCUCUUCAGACGAGGAACUGAAAAAGAAAGAGCCCGCCAAGGUCAAAAGCUCCAAACCAGAGGAGAAAAAACGAAAGAAGCAUGCAGUUAUAGGAUCAGACUCGGAGGAUGAGGAGCCAGCGAGGAAGUCAAAGAAAUCCCCCAAAGAGAAACAGAAGACGAGCAAGAUGGAGCCUCCUCCCAAAAAGGAUCCUGUGCAGUAUGUCUCUGAAACAGAUUCAGACAGCGACAACUUUCAGUCCUUGAAGAAGGCCUCCAAACAGAAUGGCAAGGCCAAACCGACAAAGUCAGAUGCAGCGAGCGCUCGUCCAGCAGCCAAAGAGGUAGUGAAGUCUCCCUCCUCCACACAGGGGAAAACUGUGGUGAAGUCCCCUCCUGUUCCUGUCACUCCUAAGUCAGCCCCGCCUCCUCAGCCUAAGCACACCCCCACCUCAGUACUCGACUACUUCGGCAGUGCGACUAUUCAGCGCUCGGAUAAGAAGCUCGUAGCCAGCACCAAACGAAAGGCUCCGACUCAGGACACAGACGAUCUGAUUAGUGAUGAGCAAAUUGCCAGAGAGCUACAGAUGGACGAGGACAUGGAGCUGGAAAAGCAGGUCCAUGAGGACGAGGAGUUUGCCAGAACACUAGCCAUGCUGGACGAGGAGCCUCAAGCGAAGAAGGCUCGUAAAGGCUCUGAUGAAAAACCUGCUGCUGGCAGCCCGUCAAAGAACAAUCGCAGAGGCAGCAUGUUGGAGAAUGCGAUUAGUCCGUCUCCUAAGAAGAACCCCUCUGCCGUCAAAGCCAGCUCUAAACUGGCCAUGAUAAAGAAAAAGGAUGAAGAGAGAGAUGAAGGGCCAAAGAGCAAAACACCAGUUUCGCUCACAAAAAUGAAAAUCUCUCCCAAAAAGGAGCCCCUUGCUUCGCCGAGCUCAGACAAGAAGUUCACGCCCAAAACAGGAACCACUCCUGCCACAGUUAAAAUUUCUCCCAAGAAACCAGAGAGUACGAGUCCUGACGACGCAGAGAAGAAGAAGGGUAACUCUUCAGCCUACAGGAGCUACCUUAACAGAGAUGGACCACGAGCUCUGGGCUCCAAGGAAAUCCCACAGGGUGCUGAGAACUGUUUGGAGGGCUGCGUGUUUGUGCUGACGGGGGUCCUGGAGUCCAUGGAGAGGGAUGAUGCCAAAGCCCUGAUUGAGCGCUACGGAGGCAAGGUGACGGGCAACGUCAGCAAGAAGACCACCUACCUGGUGCAGGGCAGAGACAGCGGAGUCUCGAAGUUUGAGAAGGCGCAGAGUUUUGGUACCAAGAUCCUGGAUGAGGAUGGUCUGUUGGAGCUGAUCAGAACCAAACCAGGAAAGAAGUCCAAGUACGAGAUCGCUGCAGAGGCUGAGAGCAAGGCCUCAAAGACCAGAACUCCCCCCAGCAAGACAUCAAAGAGCACCCCCAAAGCCCAGAAGAUCUCUCCCUCCAAGGGUAAUUCCAGGUCCCCUCAAACCCCGAGCCCGUCAAAGACCGGCAGGACCAGAGAUGGCGGCACUCCGUCUGGGAGAGGCUCUGGUGACACAGCCCGGAGGGAGCUGAGCCUAUCCUCCUCCACUUCUUCAUCUUCAGCCACAAGACCGUCACCCCCAUCACCAACCGAGGAGGGUGCCAGUCUCCUGUGGGUGGACAAAUACCGCCCGCGCUCUCUGAAAACUGUGAUUGGCCAGCAGGGAGACCUGAGCUGUGCUAAUAAGCUGCUACACUGGCUGCAGAACUGGCACAGACACCACAGCGGGGGCGCGUCCAAGCCACCAGGUAGCGUAGCAAGGUUUGGUAAGUUUGGAGGGAAAGAUGAUGGAUCAGGAUACAAAGCUGCUCUGCUCUCUGGACCUCCGGGGGUGGGGAAGACCACCACAGCUGCCCUGGUCUGUGAGGAGUUGGGCUUCAGCUACGUGGAGAUGAACGCCAGCUGUACUCGUAGCAAAAACAGUCUGAAGGAGGUUGUCGCAGAGUCACUUAACAACACCAGCAUCGAGAACUUCUACAAAGGCACGUCUCAGACGGUGACUAGUAAACACGUCCUGAUCAUGGAUGAGAUUGAUGGCAUGGCUGGCAAUGAGGACCGCGGAGGAAUCCAGGAGAUGAUCGGCCUGAUCAAAAAUUCGAAGAUUCCCAUCAUCUGCAUGUGCAACGAUCGGAACCACCAGAAGAUCAGAUCACUGGCCAACUACUGCUUCGAUCUGCGCUUCCAGAGGCCGCGAGUGGAACAGAUCAAGGGAGCCAUGAUGUCCAUUGCUUUCAAGGAGGGAAUCAAGAUCCCACCCCCAGCUCUUAACGAAAUGAUCCUAGCCUCCAAUCAGGAUGUCCGACAGGUGAUCCACAACUUGAGCAUGUGGUCAGCCAAAGACAAGGUGAUGACGUAUGACCAGUGCAAGUCUGACGCAGCCAAUGCCCGCAAGGACAUGAAAAUGGGGCCGUUUGAUGUUUGUCGGAAGGUGUUUGCCUUGGGAGAGGAGACCCACAUGAGCCUCAUCGACAAGUCCGACCUCUUCUUCCACGACUACUCGCUAGCGCCGCUCUUUGUCCAAGAGAACUACCUGCAUGUUCGUCCAAAGGCUGCCGGGGGUGAUCCGAAGUCCCACCUGGUGUUGCUCAGCAAGACUGCUGACUCCAUCUCCGACGGAGACCUGGUGGACAGACGGAUCCGCUCUGGACAGAACUGGUCACUGCUGCCCACCCAGGCCAUCUAUGCCAGUGUGUUACCAGGCGAGCUCAUGAGAGGCUACAUGAGUCACUACCCCACCUUCCCCAGCUGGCUCGGCAAAAACUCCUCCACCACUAAACAUUCCCGCAUCGUCCAGGAGCUGACCUCACACAUGUGUUUAAAGACGUUGAGCAGCAGGCAGGCGGUGAACCUGGAAUACCUGCACUAUCUUCGCCAGGCGCUGCUUAAUCCACUCCAGAGGCACGGAGCGGAGGGUGCCGGCGAGGCUGUGCAGCUGCUGGACGACUACCAGCUCAUCAAGGAAGACGUGGACAGCGUCAUGGAGAUCAGUGUCUGGGGCGGACAACCUGACCCCUACUCCAAACUGGACUCUAAGGUGAAGGCAGCAUUCACUCGGGCCUACAACAAGGAAGCUCACCUGACUCCGUACUCCCUGCAAGCAGUGAAGAAGGGCCGCCGAGGUGGCGGGGGGGAGUCAGAGUUGGGAGGAGAGGAUGUGGACAACGAAGUGCAGGAGUCUGAGGACGAGGGCGAGGGCCUGAAAACUGACGCCAUGAUCAAACAAAAGAAGGCCAAAGCCACCAAGGAGUCCAAGAAGGAGAAGAAGGAAGAUUCUGGGAAGGGCAAAGGCAAGGGGAAAGGCAAGGCCAAGAAAUGACCAAUGACCAGAGGAGGAAAACAAACUGUCCUGGUCUGCCUCCCUCCGCCCACACAGACUGUAAUGGGGUUUUUUUCUCCGCACUUGCAACGAUCCUUUAAUGAGCUUCAGAAAGUAGUCAAACUGGUCUUAACCUCUUCAGGUAACUCAUCUGUCCCUCAUCCAAACACUUAACUCUAACCACAGAGGCUGAGAAAUGUCUUUCCUGUUUUUUAACAACCUGUCAUGUCUCCGUCAGAGGGUCUCUAUACCGAACAAAUGAUGCAUAUUAUCUGCUCGUUCCACCCAUUAUCAUGUCUGUACACCUCUGUAGUAACGUGUCUCAGCAGGAGUAUCGUGCAUUUCUUCCAUCAUCAGUUUGUAGUCCAGGAGUUUGAGGCUGUAAAUAAUGUGACUCCUAUGUAAAAGACUGUUACUUUUUGCUACAACUAUGAUACAGAAAUGCUUUAGCAGCACUUGUAAAUUGCAAUUUUGUAAAAAUUUCAUGAGGAUUAAUAGAGAAAUAUGUCGCU